AUGGCGGGCAACAAAAGGGCAUUGAGCCAAAUUGAUGGCAAUGUUACCAAUUCACAACCACCUCCCAAACGAAAGUCGCAACGAGCAGGGAAAGAAAAUGCAGACAGUGAUUAUACGGGCAUGAAAAAGCUUGACCUUUGCACUCUGCUCCAACAACGCAAUUUGCCAUACAGCGGUAUUAAAGACGUGCUUAUCCGGCGACUUGAGGACUCAGACAAGGACCACCCCUCCGAGGCGUCCUCGGAGCGUGCAACUGUAGAGCGCCUUGUCUCUGCACAACCUGUCGAACAUGCAUUCGAGUACCUGAUGCUCUGUAGACCGCUGGACGAUAUCCGAACAGAGAAAGACGCCAAAAAUUUGAACGACGUUACAUCUAAAGAGCUCGGUGAGGAGGAGGUUGAAGAAUACAGCGAACUGGACAAUGACCUUCCUGCCUCUGAGGAUCCAGAGCAUCGAUGGAUACUUACACCCAAAGGAUAUCAGUUGAUAGCUCUCUUGCGGUGGGAGGUGGCCAUACGGGAUCAGGAUGCGUUUGAUGAGUACUUCUACAAUGAUUACAAUGGCUAUGGCUUCCAAGAGGCGAUGGAGAACCAGCUUCUCUUCUUCAACCGCGAAUUUUCCAGAGGGCGUACCCAGGAAGGGGGUGCUUCGCCUGCGGCAUUAUGGUCGAUCAUUGAAGGGUUCGCCUGGGUUCUUAACGAGCCGGAGUACUGGUUCCAUUGUGACGACCCAGAUACGGUGUUGGCGACCCUCCAGCUCAUCGGAGGGGCGGUCUUCACGACCUUGAACACAUUGGAGAAGAAUGGAUUGCUGCGCUCUGACUCGCCAGUGAAAAAUAUAGCGCUCGUGUUGGGUGUUCUAUACAACAAUACUCGAGAUUGGCCAGGCGGCGAAGAGCCAGAAUUAGAAUGGCGCGGAGCCAUGAUCAGAGAAGUCCAGCGGCAUGGGAUUGAAGUCAAAGGACAGCCUUACGGCAUCGAAGGGGUGCUCAAGCAGGAUGGCGUGGAUGGGACACCUUCCAGCAGAGCAGAUUCAAGGUGGAAGAUGUUUGAUUGGGCAAAACGGUUCAAGGCCUUCUCCAAGAAGUACCGGAAAGGAUCGUCAAUAGGUGGCCGACACUACGUCCUGGCGUCCCAAAAACAACUGGCCAUGGCGCGCAAGACCCUUGGUAGUAUGUCGGAUCUAUGA